AUAGGUACGAAAAUUGAAAACAUUCCUGAAUAGUUUCGAAUUCUAUUAUUAUUGACUACUGCAUAUAAAGACAAGGACUGAGACAUUCAAAGCAUUUCAACACAGUGAAUGGUCGAGUGUGGUUUUAAACUAUCUUGGGUGGAAUCAAUUGCUAGAACUAUUAAAUUUUAGAUUGUUGCAAUACGUUUUUGUCGGCAAAAUGUCAAGACAGCUAGAGACUGAAGCUGAGAAAGCAUUCUUUGAAAAAUUUCAUGAAAUCUGCGAUGCAGCUUCAGUUGAUAAGCCCAGUUUGAAGAAUAAACUAAGUGCUACGUGCAAUCCUUUACACAUAUGUAAAGACGUGUUCACGAAGGAGGAUGUCAUAAAGGAAAUAAGAAAUGCGAGAUCUGCAAAGGAUAAAAAGCUUGUUCGAGUUUGUGGUUCUGAGCAUUCUCGAGCUAAACAUAUCUUAGGUGAAAAUGAAGCAGGAAUUUUGUUGUCAUUGAAAGGCGACCUUGAAGAAGUGACAAUACACCCGGAAGAAAGCACAGAUGAAAAGUUGUACGUUACCGCUGGUGGGGGCUGUGUUCUUGGUUAUAAUCCAAAUAAAGAAAAUAAACGUGAAAAAUCUCUUUGUUACAAGGUGAACGAGGCGGGCUUUGCUCUCCCAGAUCUUGGAGGCAUUACUCAUCAAACAGUUGCUGGGUUUUUGUCAACUGGAUCUGCUGGAGGUAGUCUAAUUUACAGUUUAACUGAUUCAAUUGAAGAAAUCACGUUCAUCAACGGCAAAGCGCAAGAACAAACGUGUUCACGCAAUGAUUCAGAAACGAAGGAUCUAUUUUUUGCUGUAGGCGUUUCUAUGGGUCUGUUUGGCGUUAUAACUAAAGUUAAGUUUUGCCUUGAGAACAAACAAUUUAAUGUUGUUGGUAAUGAAUUAAGUGUUAAGUUUAAAGAGUCCUUAUUGAAUAAACCCGAGAAAUUGGAUAAAGUCAAAGAUGGCGAUUACUGGCGUCUCAACUGGUUUCCUCAAAAGGGCCUUAAUAAAGUCAUGCAGUGGAGAGCAGUACAAACUAAUUAUGAUGAGCAUGGAACGCCGUACGAAAACCCUGUAAAUUGUUGUUUAAGUGCGACGGCAGCUGCUUUUGCUAUGGUGGCAUGCAAUAUAGCUCUUUACCAAGCAUUAGACGAGUGUCCAGAUGGAACAACAGCUUUUAUAUCGACUGCAUUAGCAUUUUUCAAUAUAAAUAAAUGUGACCCAAAAUUUAACGACACGUGGUAUCAUGGAUUACCUAUGGAUAACGAAGCACAUGUUGAUGACUUCAUCAAGGUUGAUUUUACCGAAAUCUGGAUACCAUUUAAACACCGUGCUGACGUCAUUGAGCGGUUGAAGCAACUUUUUAAAGAUUCAAAACACGGACAAAAAGCAGCUGGAAAUUUUGCUGUGGAAAUUUAUCCAGCGAAAAAAUCAGAUUUUUGGUUAAGCAUGUCCUAUGAUGAGGAUAUGAUUCGUGUGGAUCCUUACUGGUAUCAUCACAAUCCAUAUGGUACAGCUGAAGAAUAUUUCACUUACUUUUGGAAUCAGUUGCUACCAUCGUGGGAGUCACCCACAGUGCGUUUUCAUUGGGGUAAAUUCUUGCCAAAAACAGGAGAAAAGUACCAGCAAAAACCAGGAGGAGAUUCUGUCUGUUUUGACUCGGUUUAUCUUGAAUCUGUUUAUCCGAAAAUGAAAGAGUGGAAAGAACUUCGUCAAGAACACGACCCAGAUCAAAUGUUUGUCACCAAUUACUGGAGAGAGAUUCUAGGCAUAAAAGCUGACUGAGAGAACAAUUGUUCGUAACAUAGUUUUGAGUGUUUCACUUUAUAACCAUGAAUUAUAUGUAACUGUAAUUUUCUUGCGUUAUUUUACUUAUGAAACAUUUUGUUCUAGUUUACUGACCUGCACAAAAUAUGUAGAAUUUACUGUUUAUCUAGCAAAGAUGUAUUUACUAAUCAAAAAUGAAUGUGUAUUUGCACGUUUUUGUAUGUAAAGAAAACACUUUUCAUGUUAUUAAACCGUCAACAUUGAUCAAAA